UAGCUGUAGUAUCUUAGUUUCUGAAUCGCAAUUGAGGUUACGCCCAAGUCUCGCCUUCAAACAACCCAUCUUACCCUUCACGAUGGCGAUCGACGAAAUCGUGACAGAUGCGAAUCUAUCGACCGUGCUCGAUGCUUCCCGCGAUACUCGAGUACAGGCGUUGAGACUUGUUGACCAAAUCGCGGCAGCUGGGCCUAUAGAAAGCGCAUCUCCAGAGGCCCAACUGGAGACCUCUAAGCAGCAGAAGCUCCUAAUCACCAACCUUGCACAAUUGCGCGGCCUUCAUCGAUCGGCCUACUUUGGUGCCCGUCAGACCAAAUCGCAGACGUCCGAAGCGCGCCAGGAAGUUGACCGUCUACAUCUACAACUUCAAAAUCUAUACUACGAGCAGAGACAUCUACAAGGGGAGAUCGCGGCUUGCGAGUCAUACGACCAUACUUACCAAAAGCUUCCCCUGAUACCUCUUGAAGAGUUCCUCGCAUUGAAGCCCGACCAUACCGACGAUGACGAAAACGCCCUGAUGAUUGCACGGAUCGAGCACGAACGCAGCGAGCGCGAGGCUCUAGAGCAGAAACGAAUGGAAUUGCUGAAGCGGAAACAGAAGCUUAUUGCUGACAACAAGAAGAGAAAGGAUGAUCUCGCGAAUCUUGAUAAAGAGCUUGAAAAGUUCAUUGACGCUGCCAAACCAAUCCAGAAACUAUUUGAUAAGAAUGUCUAACGUUCUGAGCUUAAUGGUAGAGCCUUCGUGUUCUUGCGGCAUCGAACUAUCGCAAAUUCACUGUCAUGGCCCGUCUCAUGAUAUCUCCCUAUAUUAGUAAAGCUAGACGGGCAUAUAAGGUAAGAAAAACUCUUGCUAAGUUUAAAAGGGACGCUAAUCGUGUGUGCC